AUGCCCGCGCCGCCCCGAGAGCGCCAGAAGCGCCGCGGGCGCCGCAAGUCCAAGACAGAGCGUCUGGCGCGAUCCUCUGACGUCGGCGUCUCGUCUGCGAACCUGCUCACGCUCCUCCGGGCCAAGUCGAGUCACGAAUGGGACGCCGCGCAGAGCGUCGCGCAGCAAAUUGAUACGUUGGAAGCGCGGGCGACUGUGGUGCGCGUGCUCUUAGCGGAACAAGAGGCCCCUCGAGCAGCGGCGCACUAUGCAAAGCGCCUCAAUCUCCGAGACGAAGAGCUGUUGGCUGCGGUCACGUCGCACUCGACGGCGAUCUCUCCGCUGCUCAUGGCGCAGUUUCUCGUGGAAGUGGAGGAAGACGCACUGAGUACGAGUGAGCGCCUGCAGCGAUUUGUAUGGCCGUGGGUCCUGCAGUCUAUGGCGAGGAGCGAGCAGCACAAGACGGCACUGAAGGCAGCUGUGCAUUUGAUGCUGCACCCGACGGCGUCGGACGAUGCCAAGAUGCACGACAAGCGAGAGCGAGGCAGGCGACUGCAGCGCGCACUGGUGACAAAGUGUCUGCAGACUGGAAAAGUGCUGCAUCUCGUGCCGGUUCAUGCCAAGGCAUUUGCCGACCAGAUCGAUGUCCGGUCUACAGCAGGUGCUGAUGGUGAGGAAGAGAACGAGUGUCGGAGCGCUGAUCGGGAAAACGAGAAGGAGCUGCGGCUCCGACAACAACUGGCGUGUCGUGUGCAAGACUGUCUUCGUCUGAUGUGGCCCGAUGCGCGUGUAGAAGUGUUUGGCUCUUCAGUCACUGGCCUCCUGCCGACCACUGGCCAAGCACCUGCUGAUGUCGAUCUCUGUGCUCUGUUGCCAUCUGCACCACAGUUCCGCCAGGAGACCGCGGAGCUGGUCACGGAAGCGAAAGAUCAUUUGAGUCUGUAUCUCUUGCGCGACCUCACGGAUGGGACGGACCACAGUGCCUCUGCCGUAACAGGGGCGCGUAUCCCCAUUGUUCGCUUUCGAGAUCCAUCAACCGCCUUGCCAUGCGAUCUUUGCGUCAACAACGUGCCUGCAUUGUGGAACACGCGUCUUGUACGAUGGCUCUUGUACAGUGAUGCUGGUGUCCAUUCGCCAGACCGAAGGCGACAGCUUCAGCAUGCGCGGCAACUAUGUAGAUGGCUUCGUAAGUGGCGCCAGACCAAACUGCGUGUGAUUGGUAGCGCUGUGAGCUCGUACGGACUCACGUUGCUUGCGUUAUACUACCUGCAACGUGCUGGUGUCCUGCCCGUGCUCGAUUGCAGCUCACACGUCGUUGAAGAUGGCUUGUCAUUGCGUACACUGACUGAGGACGAAAUCGAUAAGCGUCUCGAAGCUGUUGACAAGACCUUCAUCGAUACUGGAGAACCAGCGAACAAGGUGCGCGAUAUGUUGGCACUUCGACGAGGCUUUUUCCGCUUCUACACUUGUGAUUUUGACUAUGAGCACACUGUGGUGAGCCUACGGACAGUUGAUGUCAUGGCAAAGACCGGCAAGGGCUGGUCUCGUCAAAACGACGUUCGACUCUGUCUCGAAGAUCCAGUAGAGACCGAACGCGAUCUGGGAAUGCUCUGUUCUAGGCGUGCGCUCGGUCGUCUGCGCUGUGCUUUUGCUCAUGCGUGCGUUGUACUGAGUAAGAAGGACGACACGAAAGGAAUUGCUUCCGUGUUACCGAUAGCACAACAGGAUGUCGAGGCAUAUUUACUGACCUCAUGGGCAUACGAGGAGGAAAACGCAUGCGAGGCAGAAGACGCUGAAGGAACGGCAAGCAGCUAG